AUGGCGGUGACGAGGGAAUCCGCGGAGGCGGCGGCGAGCAUGCUGGCGGUGGCGUUCGGCUUGCUGGGCAUCUACGUCAUCUGCUUCCGUAUAUUCACCAGGAACUACCGCCGUGCUGCAGGAGCGGGCCGGGAGAUCCGGGGCGCUGCUGCUGCACCACCGAUAUUCAUCUUCGAGGGCCUGGACGAGACCUCCAUCGCGUUGCUGCCGCGUAGGAAGGUCGCCAUGGCGGCGGACUGCGUCGUCUGCAUCGAGAAGCUCGCCAAGGGGACGACCGCGCGCCUGAUGCCGCGGUGCGGCCACAUGUUCCACAUGGAGUGCGUGGACACGUGGCUCCGCUCGCAGGCCACGUGCCCGCUCUGCCGGCGCCCGGUCGUCGACGACAGAGUGGUCGUCGUGCUGCCGCCGCCCAGCGUUAACGCAGAGCCGCCGAUUCAGGGUUCGAUUGCUGCCGCCGUGGAGCUGCACCGCCGCUACAGGCAGACCGCGACCGCGGCCUAG